AGAUUAGCUUCCCAGGCUGUGAAUCAAUAAUGGUCCCCUGGGCAAACAGCUGAUAUGCCUCAUUGAUCAGGACAACAACAAAUAAGACAAUGUCAGGGGCAGGAGAGCAAAAGCAAAUGCUGCAUUUUAACCUGAGACCCCAGAGACUUCGGCUGACUGCUCCAACACCUCUCUACCGAGGGAAUCUGCACCAUGAGAAGCUCGGUCACUAGAGGGAGCACAUGGCACGAGCUGCAGAAUGAAAAGGAGGCUUUAUUCUCCAAUUAAAGGGCGGUAUUUGUGAGUCAGUUGGAAGAGUGUGUUAGCUGAGCCUGUCUAUCCAUCCAUCUAUUUGUCUGUCCGUCUGUCUGUCUACUUAUCUAAUUAUCUAUUUAUCUGUCUAUCCAGCUAAAAGAAAAACAAGGUAACUGAUUUAAAAGUUCUUCUCUCUUUAGAUAUAAUGGACUCUAACAGUGAGGACGGAGACUAUCAAGGUCUUGAACUUCCCUCCCAUCCUGAUGCAGCUCAGUACAUUGUGACCUACCCUCAGUGGAGAAACAUCACAGAUGUGGAUUAUGAUAAGAAUGAGGAAUUCAACACAAAGAGGUAUUCAGCGAGUCGCUCCGGUACCAACCCCCGCAGAGUGAAGCGGGUGGUGUCCUGUAAGAGGAAGACCCAUCACCAGACGCUGGCUUGGAGGAUGCCGCUCGGGUCUGGGAGGACCUUCGAUGCUGCAAACAAAGACGAGAUGAGUUCUCUACAGGACGUGCACCAGGAAAUAUUUGAAAUGGACCCGCUGGAGUUCCCACUGAAUGUCAGUCAUAACCACAGGACUGGUAGAACUGGUUCUGAGCAGGCAGACUGCUCUGCACUUUCUGAGCUCUCAAAGGAUCACAGCGCGAUGAUUGACGUGCUCUUUGGAAGAAAUCUGAGACUGAAAGUAGCUUUCACAUUGUGGCAUAGAAAUGUUGGAGAGCUAUUGACAUUCUUCCUGAGAAUCCAAGACAUUGGAGUGUUUGUCGAUUUUCUCCCACUGAUAAGCAGAAGCAGCAUUGACGAGGACUCUCUGAGGAUUACCAUUGGCUUUUGUGUUGACCUAUUUCCUUUAGUUACGGAAGUCCUCACCAAGCCGUAUGAAGAAUAUCUUAUAGUUGGUUUGAACUGGAUACAUUCAGUUUUGAAAAAAUGGUGGCAGCAACUAAGAGCAAGCGGCUACAGUGGAUCAUCUGAAGCUGUGUUAGAGAAGAAUUUUCAGGUCUUUAAUCAGCUGUUGAUGGAGUUAUGGCUUGAUGAACCUUCAUUGAAAUUUGCUCCAGGAGCUGCAGGAGAAAAGGCAAAGGUCAUUGACUCUUACCUGUCUCAACUUACCUGACAGCAAUAAAGAGCCAUAUAGCAGAGGUUUCUAUGGUAACAGUGACCUGAAAUAUUCUGAAAUGAAAACCUAACUGAAAAGAUAAGAGUUGCUCCUGGAUUGUGCCCUUGGAUUGUACUGUACCGUGUCUGUAGAGGUUAGUGUAUUUAUUAGUUUACAAAAGAACUUGAACAGUUUAAAUACUGAGGAUGUGCAAUAUACAUUUUUGGUAUGAAAUGAUCCUAUUCUGAAGUUCUGUCACAGAAAUGUGGUUGUUCGAUGACCCUAAGAAUCAAAAAUUGGUGUCAUUGAUAUGUUGUUUGAGUUUGCCUGAUUUAAUUUCCCUGAUGAUAUAAUUUGUUGAUGUUAUUAUGAUUUUGAUGUAGGAAGAAAAAGUACAAAUAUGUUUCUUUUAAUAAAUAAAAUCAAUACUCAACUUUUC